CAAGAUGGCGGCCUCCAUCCUGGGCUCGCUGUUACGCACCGUCCGGCAGAUGGUUCCUUUAUCAGCUUCAGGCCAAGUUCGAGGUUACUACGUAGACUGGAAAAUGUUGCGUGAUGUGAAGAGACGAAAAAUGGCCUAUGAAUAUGCAGAUGAAAGGCUACGGAUCAAUUCCCUCAGGAAGAACACCAUUUUGCCAAAAGACCUUCGGGAAGUUGCUGAUGAAGAAAUCGCUGCCCUUCCGAGGGAUAGCUGUCCUGUUAGAAUCAGAAAUCGCUGUGUUAUGACGUCCCGUCCACGUGGUGUAAAGCGACGCUGGAGGCUUAGUCGUAUCGUCUUCCGCCACUUAGCUGACCAUGGGCAACUUUCUGGGGUCCAGCGAGCAAUAUGGUGAAUCAGCUCCAGAACCUACUGAGUUUGCAGGGAAGCUAGUUCCAGCAAGAAGAGACUCUUCUAAUAGGCAAAAACCUAGUUUUUUUAGGGGUCCAGUAUAGGAGUCCUGAUGCUGUCUAUAAAUUACUUUCAAAAUUUAAAUGAAGAAAUUUGGAUGUUUCAUUCUGUCAGUGAAAUGUGGCUGUCAGUGAAUUAGCUUUUCUCUUGGACUUAAUAGAUUAAACAUAAUGUUGCCAUA